GCGGCUGCGCAUGCGCAGAUCACAGCAGCCAAUCAGCUGAUUCUGAGGAAAGCCUUUGGAAACACUGGAGUGUCAUUAUGAAUAUCAAAUCCUAAAACUGAUCCUUUGAAAACUACUGAGUUUCAAACUACUGAACAAUCAUCGCUUCAUCUCGUUCGUGGUGAAAUCAGACUCUCCAUUUCUGGCUUCUCAGCAGCCAUGACUGAGUUUUGGCUGAUUUCGGCUCCUGGAGAGAAAACCUGCCAGCAGACAUGGGACACACUAAUGACGGCCACAACUCGGACAAACAACCUCUCCACCAACAACAAGUUCAACAUCCCCGAUCUCAAGGUCGGGACAUUAGAUGUCCUGGUGGGGCUGUCUGAUGAGCUGGCCAAGCUGGACGCGUUUGUCGAGAGUGUGGUGAAGAAAGUGGCUCAGUACAUGGCUGAUGUGUUGGAGGACAGUCGAGAUAAAGUCCAGGAGAACCUGCUGGCUAAUGGAGUCGAUCUGGUCACCUACGUCACAAGAUUCCAGUGGGACAUGGCCAAGUACCCUAUCAAACAAUCCUUGAAAAACAUUUCUGAGAUUAUAACCAAGCAAGUCACACAGAUUGACAACGACCUGAAGGCUCGAGCUUCAGCCUACAACAACCUGAAGGGAAACUUACAGAAUCUAGAGAGGAAGAAUGCAGGGAGCCUGCUGACCAGGAGUUUGGCAGAUAUUGUCAAGAAAGACGACUUUGUGCUUGAUUCGGAGUACCUCAUUACUAUGCUGGUGGUCGUACCAAAGACCAAUUAUAACGACUGGCAGCGCACUUACGAGACUCUUGCAGAAAUGGUGGUGCCACGAUCUACCAAUUUGCUUUUUGAAGACCAGGACAGCGGGCUGUUUACCGUCACGCUCUUCAGAAAAGCCAUCGAUGACUUCCGACUCAAGGCCAGAGAAAACAAGUUCAUGCUCCGGGACUUCCAGUACAACGAGGAGGAAAUGAAAGCAGAUAAGGAGGAGAUGACCAGACUCUCCACUGACAAGAAAAAGCAGUUUGGUCCACUUGUUCGAUGGCUGAAGGUGAACUUCAGCGAGGCUUUUAUCGCUUGGAUCCAUAUUAAAGCUCUGAGGGUCUUUGUGGAAUCAGUGUUGAGAUAUGGAUUGCCGGUGAACUUCCAAGCGAUGCUCUUGCAGCCCAACAAGAAGAACAUGAAGAAGCUGAGGGAGGUUCUGAACGAUCUUUACAAGCAUCUGGACAGCGGAGCAGCUGCCAUUAUCGACCAAUCUGCAAUGGAUAUUCCAGGCUUGAACCUCAGCCAGCAGGAAUACUAUCCCUAUGUGUACUACAAAAUCGACUGCAACCUGCUGGACUUCAAAUAGAAGAACCGCUUGUUUAGUCUGUGGGAAUAAAUUUAAUUUAAAUUAAACUGUAUACUGUGCUGAACUCUUGUUUUAGUCUCUUUGCUGUGCUCAUUCAUAUUCAGAGAUACGUCUCUAUUGUCAUAUCUGCCGGCCAUAGUACUUUGUUUACAUUUUAGUUUUAAAGAAAAGUCGUAUGUGCAUGUGAAUGAAAUUAUGUUUUUUAAGUCAUUCUGCUUAUGUUUUGUCUGAUGUCAGUGAUAGAUAUCAAAAUGUGUUUUUAAUUAACCUUUAUUCUUGAAAAUAAACCAGUGGUCCAUUUAAAGAAACGAAAUGAGAGAAGUGUUACAAAGAUGCAAUGUAAAUGUGAUGUUAUGUACAUUUGGUGUAGCUUAUAUGUGUGAAAUUAUUGUGUCAUGGAACCGAAAUAUAAAAUUAUUCUAAGUA